CAGCCCAGUGCCGUAUCCAAAGUCCUGUGGGUGACAGCGGGACCGGGACAGGGGCUGGCCAGAGCUGGACAGCGGGACUGGAUCCAGGAGUGUCGCUGCUGUCCCCUCUUUUGCGGUGGCCCGCGCUGGCAGGGGGAGCUGCUGGAGCGGCUGCCGAGGUUGGUCCGCGCAUCCCGACUGCUCCACGGCAUCUCCAGCGCUCUCAUCCUCCUCCCCGCCGGGUCCCCAGCAGGUUUUAGGCGCGGGGGCUGGGGACAGGGACUGUGGGGCCGGCAGCAUUUCUGGAGGAGGGGUGGUGACCCUGGGAGAGAGGUUUGUGUCCCUGCGCCCAGCGAUGCCCCAACGGCCCCUGACUGCCUCCUCUUCCUCCGCAGCUGUCGCCAAAGGGCUCCUGAUCCUCUGGGCAGUGCCGGGCCAGGGGGGCAGGUCCCCGCUGGCCCCCACCGUGCCCCAGACCCAGGCGCUGGUGAGGCUCAUGGCCGAGGACGCGCAGGAGCUCUUCAGCUUCUACGAGAGGGAGCAGCACCUGGCCAUCCACAACAUCUGCCGCACCAACGAUCCCCCCGAGUGGCUGCAGAGGCCGGCGAAGGGGCCCUGGGGGCUGCGGAGGCUGCGGAGGCCCAUGAUCCACAUGGAGCAGGCGCUGCAGGACAUCAUCCGGCACCAGCGCGACCUCCACCACCCCGAGGCCGAAAUCCUUCGCCGCUUGAGCAGGACCCACCGGAAGGUGCGAGCGCUCCUCAACAACCUGGCGGGGCUCUUCCCGGCCCCCAGCCCUCGCCCCGGCCGCCGGCCGCUCCCCAGCCCCGCGGCAUCCCUCAGCAUCUUCCGACAGAAGCUGCAGGGGUGCCAGAUCCUCUGGAGCUACGCCCGCUUCAUGGCCGAGCGCAGCGCCGAGCUGGACGCCGGGAGCCGCCGGACGCGCCGGAGAUCGCACCGGGGCUCACGGCCGCCUGCACGCCCCUAG